GCUCCGGAAAAGCGGCAGCAGCAGCGAGUUGCAGUGAAACACGACGACUGAAGAGAGCGGAGGGAGAGGAGGAAGGAGGAUGAUGGGAGCGAAUAUUAUUCCAUUUGAGUGACCCAUAUCUGCCAGUAGACCCAGUUAUUAUCCAGCCUAGUUCCUGUUCUCGAGGAUUUUUCACCACCAACAUGUCGGCGUCGGCGAUAUUUAUCCUCGACCUGAAGGGAAAGGUAAGUUUGUGACGACUUGUUGACAUCUGGGAUUAUCAACGAAGCACCUGCUACAGGAGCGGAGUGCGUCAACUCAGUUUAUGAGGAGGAGUAUUGUAUCAUUUAAACAUAUUUGAGUUGGGAUUAUUUUCUCUGAGAUUAAACAUGUUAAUUUAGGACUACUUUCUGUUACCCUCAUUGAAGACAGAGAAGAGUCAGGAAGAGAGGCUCAACUUGCUAAACUCGUUUCAGUCAUGUUCAGUGUACACAGACGGCCUGUUCUUGUGCAGCGGGGCAUUCCUUAUUAUUCUAUGAGAUGAGUCCUAUUGUAACAUUCAAAACUUUACGUUUCCCCACCUUAAAGAGGUAAAAAUGAGAGUGAGAUUAGUUUCAAAAGUGCAGCGAGAAAUCGAGUGUAUGUCAACUAUUUCAAAAAAACGAUUAAUCGAUCAAAGUUCUCAGGCACCAGCAUUGUAAAUUCAGAUCUGUAUUUAUUUAAAGCCCCUUUAAGGAGUUUUUAACAACUUUUAGACAUAACUGAAAUGAAUUCUGAUGCCCUCCUAGAACUUGAAACAUCUAGUAUCAUAAUAUUUAAUGUUUUUAAGAUGUUACAUGAGCAAUAAAUGACACAAAACUUGCCAACUUCAAUGUUGUGAAUAAAAAGUGGUAUACCAUGAGGAAGAAAACGCCAUAAAAUGUCCUUGAAAUGUCCAUAAAAGGUCUCCAAAGCACACAAAUACAGCUUAAAAUAGCCCAUUUUGAAUGUCAAACAGUACAAAAUGCAAAGAUCCACUUUCAGAGAAAAUGUAACUUUAAGGAUUUGAGUUAAAAUAUUUUACUGUUCCUUUCAAGUAAAUCGUUAUCAUAAAAACAAACUGUUUUAGGAGCUAAUGAUUUAGUUUCUGACAAUCAGUUUUAAAUCCCCUUUUUAGGAGCUUUUAACAACGUUUAGAGAAAACUGAAUUGAAUUCUGAUGCCCUCCUAAAACUUAAAAAGGCAACAAGACUGAAGCUGACCAUGUCUAUAUCCUAAUAUUUAAUGUUUUUAGAUGUUACAUGAGCAAUGAAUGACACAAAACAUUCCAUCUUUAAUGAAAUGAAUAAAAAGUGGCCAACAUGAGGAAGAAAAGUCUAGAAAUGCCCAUCAAAUGUCUACAAGGCACACGAAUACAGCUUAAAAUAGCCUAUUUUGAAUGUCAAAAUGUAAAUAUUUACACUUGAAGAAAAUAUGCAAAUAUGUUACUUGAAGGAUUUGAGUUUAAAUAUUUCACUUCUGCUUAAAAAAAGUCCAUUUAAUUUUGACUUUCAGUUUCAGGAAGCUUAAAAAUUUGAAUUUCUGACAAUCAGUCUUACCACGGAGUGAUUAUGAGAGACUUGAGGUAGAUUGAGACAAUCAUUACUUAAAAUAUAACCAGUUGCAACCCUGAUACUGAGAACAACAGCGUUCCUGAAAAUCAUGCUGUUUGAAUAUUUCGAUUUGGCGUGCUGUGAAUAAAAGAGGGAACUGAAUUUAAACUACCUCCUUUACUUCUCAUCAGGUUUCCCCUCCUAAACCUCACAGGGUUAAUUUAUUUGAGGGCAAAAAGAGGAAUUGCUGAAGAAGCUUGACAAUACCCAUCAGGGAAACAGAUCAGUCCCUCACAGCCUGAAUGUCUGAUUGUUCAGAUUAAAGGUUUUCUCUUUCUCUCUCCCCUUAUCUAUCUGUCUCUGCCCUGAGGCGAGCCAAGAGCAGCUCACCUUCAGACCCCUCCUCCUCCUCCUCUCUAUCCUGACCAGGGGAAGUCCUCUGUCCUCUAGAACAGCAGUGAAAGCAGAAAAAGCAGGCGUUGUACAGUAGCUUAGCUGCAGCUGAAUAUUCACUGUGAUGCGCUUAAACAAACGCAACAUAAUUUGUAGAAAUCAAAGUUGAGAUUCAUGCAUGAAUCUCUGCACAGUUGACGACACACAAUCUCUUCAGAAGCCAGUUUCUUCUCCUGCCCUUUAUCCCCCCACCCUCUUAGUUACAGCUCUUGGGCAGUCGACCGUUCACCGAGCUGCUGGGACCUUCUCUGAACACUCAAAUGUCACAGUAUUGAAAUCAGCAUGGCAUCGUUUGUUCCCAGCACUUCCUUGCAGAAUUUUAAAUAAAACAAGACAAGACAUACAAGCUAACUUUUUAGAUUAUCACAGCCUACCUUUAAUCAUCUUGAAUCAGCCAGUACAUCCAGAGAGCAGACAUGAUUAGCAGAACUUUGGCUCUAUAAAAACAAGAAGAUCUUAAUUCCUCAUCACCACAUUUUUAUGAACUCUCUGUUAGAGCCCCAUGUCCACCGCGUUGGUUUCCAUUCUCAAACCCACAUUUGUAAGACAGGCUGAACAAGAAGUUUUCAUCCCGGUAGUGACCUGUCAGUCAACCUUGUCUUGCUUUAGCCCUAAAUUGACCCCAUAUUAGUCUGUUGUUUGCAAAAUAAGCCUGAUGCAUCCAAAAAUAUGGUACUGAGAACAUCGACUGACUGGGUUAGUAUUGAAUGAGGUAUAAAAUUGACUAAGAAGUGAGGUGAUUUUCCUGGAGCACCACUGAAUCUCUAUUUAAAACCAGUGGAAUCACCUUCUGCUGGCUGUUAGGGAGAGGGGAACAUCUUAAUGUUGCUUCACUUUGACACCUAAGGCUUCUUAAUAGUCUCAUCUUAAUGUCUCAUAAUGUCUCAUCUUUAUUUUACUGUCACAGUUAAUAUUUCUAUAACUGUGAAAUACUUGAAUUUGGUGCAGCUAUUCAUGGCCCCCUCAUGACUUUGGAGAUCCGUUCAUGUUGCCCUCUCGGGACAAAAGACUGAUUUAAAAAUCCUGUGUGGAACUUUUGGUUUAUCUCUAUUUUGCCGCCCUCUGUGUACAAAGUAGUCUCUGCUUAUUUUGUCCUCUACAUGCCAAAAAUCUAAAGCUGCUGACUUUUGUGUCAUGUAUUGUUAAAACUGUCAGUGGAAAUUAGGGCCCGACCGAUAUGGAUUUUUUGGGGCUGAUGCUGAUACAGAUUAUAAGGGGGGGGUAUCCGAUUACCGAUUAAUCGGCUGAUUUUUUAACCCCCCACCCGCCAAUCGGUGCCUUCACGUCUUAACCCACGUUACACAUUUCUGGUCCGGUCUCAUCUGGCAUGGCUAACAGUGUAGCAAGGCUAAUAACAGAUGGCUAACUCUAACUUUAGCUUGCAAAUUGCAUCGUGCUUCACCGUUUACUCGGCGUGACCAGCACAGCGGGGAACAUCGUGAAGUGAGUUGAACUGAAACUUGUUGACUUAUUGUGUAUUUCACAAACCGGUUUAUUUACCGUUGAGGCGGACCACUCUCCUCCGUGCGUUGGUGGAUGAAGAUUGUCAUGAGGUCACUGCGCCAUCUACAGGAUAAGUCAGGGAACUUUUCAAAUGGUGGAAUAUUUUUGAAGUGAAACCGAAUCUUAUUCUUCGCAUUUUAAUUCUGAAAAUAUUGAUGAAAAUUGGCACGAUUUGUCUCAAACGGGCUAAAACUGCCCGAUUUAAUCGACCGUUAAAUCGGUCAGGCCCUAGUGGAAAUCGUAAAAACUGUUUCUUCAGUUGCUCUGCUGACACUUACCCCCUCACCCCAGUUUCAGGCAUUAAAAUUAACAAUAAACAAAUUGUCAAUCUUGUCCUUGAUGGUCUUGUUUGCUUUUAGGUGCCAUAAAAGGGAAUCAGUAUAAAUUUCAGUCUAUUUCAUAAAAGUAAAAUAAUUCAUCAUCGGAGCUUUAACCAAAACUUUUAUUUAUGGUUGAAUUCUAGAAAAUUUCCUCAAAAUCCCACCAGCCUCCUCUUUUCUUGUGUUUGGUGCUAUUAGGAGAUGUUUGCAUGCUAAAACAGACACAGCUGCACACAGCAGCCUGUAUGAGCGCUCUUGUUGACUUUAAGUUAGUUGAAUUGACCACAAUGAACCUCUAGCUGCUUAGCAAAAGAGCCACUGUGAGCGGACACAAUGUUAAAUGGUCGCAAUUGAUGGACCAACUCAGCGCUUUCUUUUUUCGAUCGUCAGUGUGCCUUUAUUUCAUCCACAAUUAACUCCUUACAGCCUCUGAGCUCGGAGACACCGUCAGUAUUCUGCUCUAUCUCUGGCAAAUAUUGGAUUUAUGCUUUAAAGCUGGAGCCGUAAUUGUUUUCUAAAUUAUUGAUGCAUGAUUCAAGAUGACAAAAUCUUUUUAGAGCCAUUUCUGUCCCCGUGAUAAACACCGCUGCAGGUUUUCAGGUUGUUUUUCAUCCAUAGAGGUCAGCUCGGCAGACAGCAGUUCAAAUUGAUUUUCCUGCUUGUAAAAAGUCGCUGAUUGCUUUGUGAGUCCUGACAACAACUUUCCCCUUCAGCCCCUGGAUGGAAUUUUCCCUGAUGAUUUUUAGAGCGUUUGUAAGAGGAAGAUUAGUGAUUUUUGAUUUAGCACCACAGUGAAUAACUAUAGAGCACUGCUGCAGACAAUACAGCUAUAUUCAAGGUCUAAGUGAUUCUCUAUACACCCGUCUUCUGUUUGAGCAUGUGUGGAGGUAAAUCUGUGGUCACUAAAACACGUCUUAUUUUUUGCCCUAAAGCGUGGUUCCUGCUGCAGCUUUAAUUCAUGAAUGAAUUAGAGGAACAGACAUGUAACACCAUCUGUUUGAAGUAGACACAACAUACCAGCGCAUGUUUUUAUGAGGCAGCAUGGCGUCUUUACUUUUAAGGUUACACUUUCACAGCAGAAUUUAAUGAGACCUGGAUUAUUAAGUAGAUGCGUUCUGCUUUGAGGCAUCAAAUAUGCUAACUGUCUGUGUGAGGUGUUGUGUUUCAUGUGCUUUUCCCUCGCUGGAGACACUUCAGGGCCCUGUGUUUUUUAUUUUUUAAUCUCAAAUGAAAAUAAAAAUAUGUUAAGAUCGAAGAAUCACAGAGAUGACACAACAGCUUCUGUAAUCACAGUUGAGAUAGUACAUAAUAAUCAUGAGCUGACUGUCACAGUUGCACAUCAGCUGAAUAAAAGGGCUGUUGAGGAAAAUAGACUUAAACUUAUUACAACAAACAGCACAGCAGGAUAAAUAUGAGUGAAUAUUAACGGUGGUUGUGGAUGAUUUUCAAAAGUGCUCAGCCCUAAGAUUAAAUCGUAUUUUUGGACCAGUUUUUCUAUUGUGAAUUUUUGGGAAAAUCCAUUUGUUGAAAUUCCCAUGGCAUGUCCGUGCAAACAUUCCCCUAAAAGCACAUCCUCCCAGCAUCAUGCAGGUGAUGGCAAGCAGCCAAGAGAGACGAUGGAAUACUGGGGAAAUACCGUGCACUAAAAAAAGAGCCAUGGCAUUGAACUUGUAGUGUGUGCCCACGGGUUUUGACCGGACUGUGCACAUGAAACUGGGCCAGAGAUCUUAAACUGUCAGUAUGGAAGUUAAAUCAAGGUUAUUUUGUUAUUUUACAAUAUAUAAUUAUAUAAAAGAGAUAAUAGAGAGACAUAUAAGAGUCUGCAGAGGGAUGUUGAAAAAAACGGAGGUAGAUCCAAGAUGUAUCAGCCCGUAACCAAGCAUAAAAUCUGCUGAUAAUAAAGGUCUGUGGAUAUUUUAGUGAGGAUUUAUUUUAAAAACAACAGGAGUGAUCAUAUUUUACAUUAAUAAGCAUGUUUCUGACUGAAUUUAAUGACACUGUUUGGUUUUAUCGUGGGCAGCAGAGCGAAAUGAAUAAAUUGAAGAUGAUUCUGCUUUUGUGUUUCGCCACCUAAGUUUGCUGCCAGGUUUAGAAGUGAAUACCUCGAUACUUUCCAGAGGACCUUUGGUAUCAGUAUUGAAGUUUUUUCCUUCUUUGAUACAAAGAUUUGUUUACUCCAUCCUCUCGCUCUCUCUCUCUCCGGUGACCUCCGACCUCUUGGCUCUCUGCUUUCGGUCUCCACUCACUGAAGCUGAGCAGUGGCCUGUUCAUAUCCCAGCUUUUAUUCUCCCCCACAGAUUAUUUUACUUUCCUGGCAUUUCCUUUGGUUUUUAUUUCUUAUUUCCUCCUGCCUUUGUUGUAUCUGCCCCUGAGUGACCCCUGCACAACACACCCCUCUAUUAGCAUAGUGGGGCUUUGUGCCUCCGUGUGUGUGUGCGCCGUCGAGAUCCCUCAAGCGUAGUAGCUUUGAUCUCUUUCUUUACUUCACUCUGUGUCCGGACUCCAACAAGACUGCUGACUCAUCUAGUUUGGUGUGUGUGUGUGUGUGUGUGUGUGUGUGUGUGAGUGUGUGUCGCCUGUGUGUGUGUUUUUAUUGAAAUUGGAGGGUGUGGUGGCUCCUCAGGGCUAAAUCCACCCAUACUUAUAAGUACUUAAUUUAUACAAUAGCAGCAAUCCUUGAAAAGAUGCAGACCUUCAGUAUGUCUAAGAAUAAAGCAAAUAUAUAUUUCAUAUGUGCGCAAAGCUAAGCUGUGUAUUUUUUCUCAAUAACUGCUGAUCAAACUGAGUUUUUUUAUGACUGGAUAAAUGGUACAGAUUUAAGAAGUAAAGCGGAGGAAGAAGCAUGUCAGACUAGCUUUCUAUCGGACGGCCAGCAGGGGGCGACUCAGCUGGUUUCAAAGAGUAACCUGGAGCGGGACAGUGUGAGAGAAAAUGACGCGACUUCCUGCUUUACUAUUACACCUAAUUUCCCUUUAAUGAGUCUGUGGUUUGAACUAUAACAAUGUUCAUUUUGUGAGAUAUUUUCCAACUACAACAAAAAUAGUUGGUUUGUUUACAUGCAUAGCCAAGUCAAGCUACGGCCGCAGCUCAAUAAUGUAAGUUAACUGGACUUCUGUCCUUGUCCCAGUUCACAAGCACAAGGUAAAAAUCGAAUCUGGCAUGCUCCGGCGUCCGGAAAGAAUAGAACCUUUGCGAUCAGCUGAGGGGUCCAGCGAUUCGCAGAGAAGCCGGUGGAAACUGACACAUUAACUUGAAUGGUUAUGAUCGUCGGAUAAGGCCUUUUCGUAGCUGUCCUGGAUACUAUGGAAAUUUGGAGUGAGGGUAACAGGAUGUACGUCCAAUUAUGCAAACACUUUCUAACCACCUGUCCAAAAAAACAGAUUGUUAUAAAUAGGAUAGAUACAUUUAUAUGAAUCUGCUGGUUUCUGGCCUUAAAAAAAUCAAGAUGUUGCUGGGCAGAUAGCCACACUACAGUCUUAAAGAUGGUAGUCGAUAAGCCAGUGGCUGAUAUCCAUCUGGCUACUCCCACUUCUCUCAACACAACAAGUGCUCUUGGCAGAGUAGCUGGAGUUUCUGGGUCAUCUUUUGGUCCUUUUGGACACAAGCUUUUCUUGUACUUUUUCCAGUGUUUCCCGUAAAAGAGUUUGAUUGUAGAAAAAGAUGAAAUUGUGAGUUGAGGAAAUGCCAGUAUGACAGCCUGCUGCGUUCAGAGGUAGUGGGUGUUUCAUCAUUGAGUCAGCUGUUAGAUUUGACAUUAAACCAUCGAUAACAGUCAUACGUGGACAUGUUAGCUAAAGACAAAGAAGACGUGAGGCUCUCCUGUGGCAUUCGCUUCAAGUGAACAGAAGGUCAUGUGAUGUCCUCAUGUGUCACAUGAAUCAUACAAAACCCUAUUUUGGUAGAAGGAAGAGCUGAAAUCAGAGCAUUGCAAACACACUGGUUAUUGUGAUUAUUCGCUGAAAUAAGUCUAUUUAUUUGUUUAUUUACUGUUUUUGGAGUAGUUGAGAGAAAUUCUGGAAAAUGUUACUUGUAAAUAAAAAAAGUAGAGAGCACCAUCUUUAUCUUUUCUAAAGGAAAACAUUUUUUAUGCUUAAUGAUAGCAUUUAGAAUCUAAAACGAGUACAGGAUAAUGAAGUUUAAUGUUGCUUCUUAUGUAAAUACCAGUAAUGUUCUUGAAUUUAUGCUGAAAAAAUGUUUUUUGAAAAGACACGAAACCAUUAACUAGGGCUCGGCAAUAAACCGAAAAUUUAGUGAUUCCGAAAUUCAUGACAUUAACCAAUGUUUUGAAUGUGUGUAGGCAGGCUUUAGUCUCAUGUCCCUUUUAAGACGCUGUCCUACGUCAGAAACAUGACUCCACCCCAUCCAGUCCGUAACAAAGAGGGAAAGACAGGUGAGGAGAUGGAGGACGGUUCAAAAGUUGGGGCAGCGGCUGAAGUAGACAAAGUUAAUGUGGGAGGGGGUGAGCAGCUUGUGGAGUAGUUAUCGUUCAUUUAUCAUUAUCGAGGUGAACUGCUCAAUAUAUGGUCAAAUUGAUUUGAGGCCAUAUCGCCCAGCCCUACCAUUAGCAACAAGUCCUCUUUAAGCUUUCAUCACUUUAUCAAAAGUGACUGUUCAAAAAAUCAGGGUGACACUUUGCCAAAGUCUGGCUUUAUAUUUUUCUGAAAAAUGGAAGAGGUCUAAUUUUGUCCAGAGGGGGCACCAAAAUCAACCAAAACAUAAGGUUCCACACAGGAGCUUUGAAUGCUGACCAAACAACUCACUCUGUCUUUCUGUCUAUGUACCGACUCCAGAUUCCAGGUCACCUCAAGCCAUGAUUGUUUUUCUUUGUUAGAUUAUCUGCAAAAGACAAACUCGAAGUAACACAUGAGAGACCUUUGUGAACGUCAUGACAGAUAUAUUGUGUCUGUGACAGGCUCAGAUUGGUCUGAUCACAUAAGCUGAACGGCACAUAUUUGUCAGGCUCUACAGUUUUCACUCAGUCAAGUUUUGUAAUUGUUGACUUUUCCACUAUGAACCACAGAGCUUGACUUUAUGCGAGUGCUGGAGGAGAAUUUCAUACCCAGUAAUUCUACAGUCAAUGAAAUAUUAAAGUCUGAACCAAAGUGAUGGAUCAACCUUCAGCUCUUCUCCUGGGUCUCGUGUAGAGAAGCGAAAAAAAAAAUACUCCUGGAGUCAACUGAAGGUUACUAUGAAUCUUCUACCGUCGGAAGAUUUAAUAAAAUUUUCAUUCAGUGGUUUGUUGUGACUCUUUGUGUUGAAGCUGCUCCAUUGAACACUUAAUUCUUGUUGUAGGAAUACAAUAAAGAGUUUGUGUAGUGAGUCUAAGCCCAACAGUGUCACAUAGAUUACAUUUCUAAGAAAUAAACCAAAUCUGAAGGGAAGUUGCAUUCGUAUUUUUAUGAAUUUAUUUGCUUUUAUUCCAAAUCUGAGUCACUCUUUUAUCAUACGUUUGCUUAUACUCCUCCUAUUUUACUAUUGAAAAUACGGUCAUUCUUCAUUCCUCCUUAGUUCAGGUUGGAAAAACAUUCACUUGCCUGUGAGAUGAACCUGAAAAUAAUGCCAUUUCCAUCCACAAGGUUCCGGUUCGCAGUCAGGCAGAGGUUCCUGAACCGCCUUUAAGCUCGAGUGCUCAGAUUUGGUAUCUCAGCCGGGAGCUAUAAAUAUUUCAUGCCUGGGGAUUGCCUCUGUUUUUUUUUUGGUUUUUUUUUGUUGAAAAAGUCAUUUUUGAUUGCAGGUGCUAAUCUGCCGUAACUACAUGGGGGACAUCGACAUGAAUGAGAUCGACCACUUCAUGCCCAUGCUGAUGAAGAGGGAGGAGGAGGCGGAGAUGACGCCUCUGGUCACACACGGAUCCUCACACUUUCUGUGGAUCAAACACAGCAACCUUUACUGUAUCCUUCUUUUAUUCACUGCUUCUGUGUCUGCUAAAUUAGUUUCUAAGGUACUAAACUGAAUUUAAAAUCUUCAAUUCACGGUGGUAUCAUUCAUUAAAGUACAGUACGGGUUUAUAUAAGACCUGCAGAGCUGAACAAUUUCAUUAUGUUUCACUGAAACCCCAAGCUCAGAUUCACUGGGAUGUGUUAUUCACUUUACAUCCUCCCUCUCUAAUACGAGAUCGGGCACUCAAACUUCCUCACACAUUAUUAAUUCAGCAUGAUAUUACAGUUGUGAGAAAGAGCUAUUCCCAGAGCUCUGCAUUAGACAACUGAGCUGCUUUACCUCCCCGUGGCCAUGUUCUCAAUUGCUUGCAAGUGUGAUGCACCCUGCUAACUUUUUAUGUCAUUGCAUUCAUCUCGGAGCCACCCGCAGAAUAUAAAAGAUGCUCACCAUCUCAUUUGAGCGUUUCUGCUUCAUAAAAAUUUGCAUGUUUCUCCUCUCAGAUGCUGUGCCUGUCACUCGUAGAUGCACAGUUGUUCCUUAACAGUCGUUUUUUUUGUUCAGUGGUGGCUAUGACGAAGAAGAACGCCAACGCUGCUCUGGUUUACUCUUUUCUUUACAAAAUUGUGCAGGUGAGUCUGUUUUCUGACACUUCAGGCCAAAUCUUUCAUUUAUUUUUGUUGCUUGUUUUCGAUAAUGUUCACUUGAUAGGUUUUGGACUGUGGUGGAAUUAUCAAAAUAAAAUCUCCCAAAGACAGGCCAUGUUAUAUUGUCAUAAAUGUACAUUAAGGGUUCCUGAUUCAAAGAUAAAUCAAGCAAAGGUAGCUUUUUGUCAGAGCUUUAUUGGUUUUUAAGUUUGUCGAUAAAAGAAAAUAUAUGUUUCUAUUCUACCUCAAAAUUAUAGCUGCAAAACCUUGAAAAUGCAUAUUUCUUUCCUUUACUGUCUUUGUCUGUUUGUAUAAAAUAAGUAUUCAUAACAGUGCUAUCAUCAAAUCAUCAAAAUUAAAUUGAAAUGCAGAAAAACAACCUAACAUUGAAAUAAAAUACGCCUGGAAAGUACUGUGCGAGCUGACCGGUAAGGUUCCUCCAUGACUCGCCUCUUCCCCAAUUCCUGCCCUAUUUAAGUUUGGUUAAGUCGGAUGGAUUUUGUGGAAGCAUUACUGCAGAGCUUUCCAGCAGAGGGUCUUGAAGGCCUCCUGAUAUUAGUCCUAUCUCGGUACUCAAGGCCAAAGAAAGGUGGCAAGAGGGGGACAAAUGAGAGUGACUGUGCGAGAGGCCACAAGGAGUAAAUCUUUGUAAAUGGUUUGUGUGGUAUUUGAAACGGCCAAACCUGAGUGUACGGGCCAAAUAAAAACACAGUUUUAAGGGUUUAUUGGACCACAACCGGCCCUUCAGAGCAAAUCCAAAAGCUCCCCGGUUCACAUGUGUUUUUUGCUUACUUUGAAAAUAACCCAGUGGGCAGUAACCCUUUUUUUUUUCACAACCACUAGCGCUAAUAAUCGCACACACUCGGAGUGAAACUUUGGUCUUUUUUUUAUUACUUAAACAUUCCUAUUUUAUUAAAAAUGAGGGGGGAAAUCAGUCUGAGGCUCAACCCCCUGACACAGAUCUGAACUCCAGGAAGUAAAUUGUAAAGGGGUUUCCAUUUCCAUUCAGGUCAUUAUAUGUGGAUUGAGUGAAGUAUCGUCAGGAUGAUGCUGACAGUUCACCUCAGAAAAACUGGAGCAAACUGCAACAGAGCUGGAGUACUUGGUGGGAGUUUGUGCGCGCCCUAAAGAAAUGGUGCAAGGCUCACAAUGGCGGCACACUUUUGAACAAAAAUAUCUGACAUGAACCCGGCUUUCUUACUUAAUUAUAGAGCUGGGCGAUAUGUCCUCAAAUCAAUAUCGCCAUAUAUUAAGCAAGUCACCUCAAUAAUGACAAAUGGACGAUAACUACUCUGCAAGCUGCUCACCCACUCCUACAUUAACUUCGUCUACUUAAGCCGCUACAACUUUUGAACCGUCCUCCAUCUCCUCACCUGUCUUUCCCUCUUUGUUACAGACUGGAUGUGGGUGGAGUCACGUCUCAAAGAGACAUGCGACCAUAGCCUACCUACACACAUCCAAAACAAAGUUUUAUUUAUUUAUUUUUUUGACACAGAAUAUACCGAUAUGGGCAAAAUAACAUUGGUUAUUGUUGAAAAUUUCAAUAUAAGUAAGUUUUCGGUUUAUCGCCCAGCCCUACUUUAUUGCACUUAUUUUUUUACUGCUCUAAAAUACAUAAUUAGUUAAAAAUGAAGAAUCUGCUGUGAUCCAACAGUUUUGAUCAGGACUGGAACUUCCUUUUUUAACAGGAGAAAAACAUAAUAUUAGGGUAAAAUAUAUCUCAUUUUGGAAAGUCAUUUGGUUGAACAUCUUCAUGUGCUUGUUUGUGUCUGCAGGUAUUUAAAGAGUAUUUUAAGGAGCUGGAGGAGGAGAGUAUCCGGGAUAACUUUGUGACAGUAUACGAGCUGAUGGACGAAGUGAUGGACUUUGGUUUCCCUCAGACAACAGACAGCAAGAUCCUACAAGAGUAAGACUGAUUAUUCCCACUGCUGCUACUGUGUUCUGGCAUUUUAGCCGUACCAUUAAUCGUUCUCAUGAAGGUGUUAGGGUUAAAGCAUUAAACCCUCGCUGACUCUAACGGCUGCACUUCAGUCUGAUUUUAAUGAAACGACAUUAACUCAAGUGGCUCCCUGUUUCCCAGUAAGAUAACAGCUCUGUGUUUUAUCCUGUGAGUGACCAGCAAGAGGUGGGAGGAAGAGAAGAGUAGAUGAUGAUUCAGGUUGAAGUGCUGUCGGCUGAUUUAUUCAGUCACCAGAACGCAGCUGGUGAAUGUGCAGCUGUGGUGAAUGGCGGAGCUUUAUUCAGCCGCUGAAAAUGAAGUGGAGAAGAGACAAAAUCUUGGGCUCUACCAGUGUUUAGUGUCACGCUGUGCACACUCAGAAGAGCGUUUGUUUGAAGGAAAGACUCUUUGUUAACAUUAUGGGUCCUGAAUAAACACUUUAACUAAAGAGUGAACUUAUAAUUGAAGUGUUUAUAUUUGUUUAUGCUUUUUUUGUGUUUGAAAUGUGACUGAAGUUAAAUUUCGCAUGAUGUUUGAGCACAAACACUCAGCUGCAGUGCUAGAGUGUGUAUGUGCGCAUGUGUUGUGUACAGUAUGUGUGUUUGGUGUCUGAAUAGGACUGAUAAUUACCAGGCUCCCGUUGGCACCCAGACACAAUGACACCGUCAGCUGGACACACUUGAGACUCUGAGACAGAGCAGCUCUCCUCUCCUCCAAGGAGACACACAAAUGUGUCAUCCUCACACACACACACACACACACACACACACACUGAUUCUCUGUUUGCUGUUCCAGUUCUCCGACCUUUUCAUGCCCUCGACCAAAACAACCCCUCUUUUUAUUCUUACGUUAAAACCAAAGUACCCAGUUAAACUCAGUGCAUUUAAGUGUGUGUGUGUGUGUGUGUGUGUGUAGCUGAAUGCAAGAAAACGUGGCAUCAUUAAGAAGAUGCAUAUGUAUGUUUUUUUCUUCAUAUGAUACUCUGUGCGUCGGUCGAUAUUCGUGCAGGUUUGUUAUGAGUUUCCAUUGUUAUGCUAAUCUGUCAGUUUGCUGCCAGCCUCCUGCUUCCACAUCCUUUCAUUAGCAUUUCUGAGGAGAAUCAGGGCAAAACAGAACAAACAGCAAAGCAACAAAAACAACCCAAUGUCGACCCCAAACCUACUUGUUGCGGCCUUUUAUCUUCCAGUUUUUUUGCGACGUGUCAGCGUGUAUUCAGGAGUCGUGGAGUGGGAGGAACUGGGGCAGAAAACAAGCAGGGGGGGAUUCUCCCUCAAUCUGUCAAUCAAUCUGAAACUUGUUUAUUUGUAUGUUUUAUUCUAGUACAGUAAAGCUGGAAUGAAAAUCCAUAUCCUUGACUUAGUUUUUCCUCUUUUGCUCAGUAGGCUUUGGUUGCUGAGAUGUCUCUCAUUUGUUCAAUCAAGGUCACUUGACUACUUGAAUGAAAUGAUUAUAUUUGGUGGUGUGGCUCUGUUCCGAGAGCCUCCCUGCCUUUCUGUGAGCUUAGCGGAAUACCAAGCCUGCAGCAGGGAGAGCACACUUCCUCUCUGUGUCAUGUGCAUGCAUAAAAAGUCAAGGCAGGGAGAGCAGCAGCAAAAACCCAGAGCAGAACAGAACAGAGGCGACAUCAGUGACAGUACAAAUGGUUAAAAAACAAGCUCAAAGUCCCACUCCAAUCCUUUUUUUUAUGACUUAAAGUGUUCUCAGUGGUUUUUAAGUUGUGAUUAUAAAGUUUUUAGCCAAAAUCACGUUAUCUGUGUCAAUUUCAAAGACUUUUCUUCUGCAGAGCUCCAGUAGCUCAUUAGCAAUUUGCCUCUGAGUCGUUGGCCGAGACACCGCUGCUCUGCACCAGGGCUGUCAACGAAUACUCUAAAUUCAGAUAUAUUUUCAAAUAUAAAAAAAAAAACGAGAUUCAAAUGUGAAAAUUAAUGUUUGAAUAUUAAAUGAAUAGCAGGAAAAAAAAACUACGGCUGCUUUGUGAGUAAGCGCACUGUAACGACGGGUCAGGGACAGGUCACAGGAGCGCCAAUAUAGAUGUGGUAAUAUGUUCGAACCUAUGUGUUAUUUUUAGAACGAAUAUUUGAACAUCACUUUAGGCCAAUUUUGACAGCCCUACUCUGCACACUCCUCUUCAUGCUAGCUUGCAGCCUAACAUUGCUAGUGUAGUAGAAGUAGCAGGUAACGUAGGAGCGAUUCAGGUCUUGGACACUAAUGUCUCUGGAGACAUGAUAAAAGCUAAUAUAAUUACGAACACACUUGUUCCGCGAUUGUCUUCUCUAAUUCUCUGAGUCUGGCCUGCAUAGUAGGGCUCGGGGGGCGGAGCUUGGAGUAGUGACAUAUGAAAUCUCACUCUGUCUGAGCCUGCCGUUUGGGUCAGUGAGAGGUUCGCAGCGAUUUAGAUGCAGAAAUACUCAGAAAUACAAUUCCGCACUUAUUUUUCUCUUGAUAUGUUCUGCACGGUCGGAAAAAUUCCUUAUGAACAUGUAGACAACAAAACAUGAUUUUCAUUGGAGUGGGUCUUUAAGUGGAGCCUUGCAGAUUGAAAGCUAAGUGACUAAAACUUGACUUGCAAAUAGAUCUCAGAUUAGAUAUACAUUACUGUUUUGUCCGUGAAGAACUCAGAGCUCAGAGCAACCAAGAGGACAGUUCGGAUCACAGGAGACACAUUCGUCAAACUCUCACCGUUCAACUUCUGCACAAAUACUGAACAUGCAGUCCAUAUCUUAAAUUAGAAAGUACAUCUCGAUCACACAUACCGUUCCUCUGUCUGUACAUACCUUGUACCUUGUAAAUACACAGACCUUGAGGACAUCCAUGUGACGUCUGCCGUAAACUUUCCCUCAGAAAUGAGUAAACUUCACCUCACGCCUUUUCUGUGACAACACAAUUUCAGCUGUGGAACUUUUCACCCCUGCAAAAAUUGAACUGUCUGUUAUGAAAAUUGGUUUGUUAUUAUGUUUGCUCUGCUCUUUUGCUGGCUUUGCACUUUUAUUUUCUCCUUAAAGAGGAGCCUGAGGACAGCAGAUUCAUGAGGAACACUGGGUCAGUAAGUCAUUGACUCACGAGGGGGAAAUGAGGAGGGAAAGAGGAGGUGAGGGAGCGAUGAAAACGGGAGAGAGGGGCGAGAAGAAGCAGGUGGAGAGGGAAGGGAGGAGAGAUUGCUUUAGAGUUUGGAUUCUGCUGAUCUGAGGCUUUUUAUUUGUUUAAGGAGUGUGAAAUAUUACCAGCAAUAACAUUGGUUUUGAGAGUUCAGCCUGAGCAGAUGUGGAGCUGAGAAACAUCUGUGUGCUGUCUGUCUGUAAACAUCGUCCACUUUUCCUGAGUGGGUCUGAGUGCAGGUCAACAGCAUCCAUUCAGACCGUGUUUGAAGAAGUGCCAGAAUCAUUAUUUGUUUUCUGGUAAUGCUUUCGGUAUAUAGUUCCAAUCAUCCGGAAAUCAUUCACAAGAACUUUCGGCAAUUACUGAUGACAGCCAAAUAAAGACGUCAUGCACUCUAGGGUUGUAAAUUCCUAGUUGACUGGUCGACUUAUUGGUCGAUACGUCGAUACAGUCGACCAAAAUUCUGAUUGGUGGACUCUUUUUUUUUCUGCGUCAAUUUACAGUCUGUGGUUAAUUUCAUCAGGAGGAAAGUACCAAGUGCUAAUGGGGGUGUGUUUUCAGAGCAUCCUCGUUUCACAGGUAACAGCCUGUCUCAGAACACCCCCCUUGUUUUCACCAUUUUGGAUUCGCCCAACACACCGGAGACCGGCUAGAGGCAGGAAGAUUGAAGAGCGUCCACGUUAAUCAAUGGCCGGUGGGCGACAUUUUUUUUUGGAGGAUGGUAAGGGAAGGUCCCGCCCUCCUUCGCCUCUGAUUGGCUAGAAGUGCUGGGCUCCGAUUGGUUAUUUCUUAUGACUGUGAAAAGUCAUCGUCUGCCGGUUAGGGUUAGGAUUAGGAUUAGGAGACUCAGAAGUGUUGUUCGAUGUACAGAGCCGACAGCCCGCGUUUGGCUUGAGCGUGUGAUGACGUUUCCGGCUUUUCUAGCCAAUCAGAGGUGAAGGAGGCGGGAUUUUCCCCUACCAUCCUCCAACAAACAAAUCACAUCCAGUGGUUUGCUGAAUAUUUAUUUUUAUUUUGAGUUUUUGUGUUUAAUUGCCUUCUUGUACUGAUAUCAGUAUAUUUUCUCCUCGCCAAGCUGCGCUCCACCAAGCCGCUUCGUCCCCCUCUGUGGAAGGGUUUGUCAAUUUUUGGUCACAAACUUCAGGGUUUUAGUCAACCAAGAAUUUCUAUGGUUACAGCCCUAGUGCACUCACUAUAAACACAUGUGAUUCAUUAUUUGUGUGAAUCACUGAUGUCGUAAACUUCCAUUUAGUUUGGUUGCCAUAUUCAGCAAAUAUUUAUUUAAUCUCUAUCAAGUUUUAUCACAGUUUUCCUAAAUCGGAUUGGACUGCUCUGGGAGUUGUAUUUCAGGGAAAUUCGAGCCGUAAAUCAGACGACAGCUCUGCAGUGAAAAUGAGGCCACUGAGUAGUAAACAGUGGCAGGGGGGCAGGUGUUUGGUUAAAAACAGGCUCGGUCACAUGAUGUUUAUCUCUGAGCAGCUCCCUCCUAUUCUCUUGACGAGUCAUUACGUCUCCCUGAACACAGUUUGUGGAUUGUUGGAAGUAAAGCGUCUUUCACAGAAACUACCUCAGUGGAGUGCAGUAAAGAGGGGAAUGGAUCUGGGAUCAAUGAUGUCUUACAGAUAAAGAUAUUACUCAGAGUAAAGUGAUUUGUUUUGCCACUGUUACGACGAGAUCUAAUUAGGUGGGAAAUAAAGCACUGGCUAAUCCAGUUAUGCUUUUUAAAGCUGCACAAAUCAAUUACAAACAAUGGAUCAGAUAAAUGCCUCUGACUCUGCACUUAGCAACUCGAAGGAGGGCUUGAACUUUUUCCAGCUCUCCUUUCUUCCUGUUUUUAUUUCCUCUCACAGCUCUCAGUGGCAUCAAUUUCAGGUGCAGGAACGAGACCAUUAAAGAUCCCUAACAUAUGAGCUUAUCCGGUCUGCUUUUGAGUCCCGAAGGUCCCGUAAACUUGCAUAAUACUUUGAGUCAAGUCACGUCAUGGUAUUAAACAACAGGAAAGAGAAAUCUCUGCAAUGAUGGCAGAGCAUGUGAAGAAGUCUAAAGUGUGGCAACAUUUAUCCAAAACGAAAGACAAAGGUGAAGUGAAAUGUGUUUUAUGUUGCAAAAGGGGGAAAUAACAUUCAUGGCCAAACACAACGGCAUUGUGCAUCAAAUCGAGCCAAAAAAACUGCUUGAAACAACUCUGUCAACUCCAGCUGCUGCUGCUGUGAGGCUGCCAUCCUCCUCCUCACCCAAAGCAGCCGCAAAACAGCACAGUCAGAUGUGAGGAGAAGCCUCAUCGGUUAAAAACAACAUCCAGUGUUAAAAUCAGCAGGAUAAAAGCUAGAUAGCUAACUAAAUGAUGUGACAUAUAAAUACAUUAUGAGGUUUUUAAGGUCUGCUUGGUAUUACAAAAAUUAAGUGGCAGUAAAUGAUUCGUUAUCAUGAUGUGUCUAAAUGUCAGAGAAAAACUUGUUCAAAUACAAUUUUUUAGAGAGUAUUGAUGUUGAGAUGAUUUCUUUGUUUUCACAGUUUUGUUUCGUAUAUAUUCCAACAGGGGUGUCCUAAAGCAACUUUGUUACUUUCGAUACGAUACCGAUAUUGUAGCCUUCAGUAUUGGAUGAUACCGAUAUUGAUCCGAUAGUUUUGCACUCAGUUGCAAGGCUUUUUUUUAGACUUUAAUUAAAAAUACUGCCACACAGCCAACAUCACUCUUACUCGUUGCCACUACCCACUGUGGUUGUGACCACAUUGGCUCUGCAUGCUAGAUAGAGGCGCUGGAGCGGAGUCUGGAAUGGACUGCUUGUAUCGGAGCGCUGAUAUCGGAGAUUUUAGAUGCAGGCCGAUAUAAUCCGAUAUUUGUCUUCCUCCAAUAACAGGCCGAUGUCUGAUAUCGGAUCAGGACACCCCUAACUACAGAUGGAAUUAUGACCCAUCAAAUAACAAAAAAGACUCUAUAGCAGCAUUUGUAAGGACUCAUAUCAUUAAUGAAUCUCAGUAUUGGUGUCACUAUGAAUAAAAAUUAAUAUUCAAAAUGCAGCUGUGUUAGAAAAGCAUUAAAAUCUCUCUGUAAUGUUCCAAUGAUAUGAUAGCUGUAAGUGUUGUCUGGUGGUUGGAAUCAGUUUAGAGAAGAGGAAACACGACUUUGAGUGUUUCGUUUCAUGUUUCAUUUGAUUUUGGAGAUUUGUAAAGUUCACUCCUUUCAGUUUGAGUUUAAAGUUUAGAGAGCGUGAGCCACAGAGUCUGAAACCGUGUUUGAACGUUUGGGGGAGAUUGUAAAAGCAGCUCACAGAAGAUCUUCAUAACGAGGCGGAGUCACGCCCUCUGCAGAGUCUUUCCUCCGGUUGUUAAACUGUCAUUUGUGCAGCGUUGCAUCUUUCCCAAACCGUUCUGAGGAAAAUGAAAUACACUUCAGCAAAAUCCUUCUCUUGUUUUGACCACCUGAGGCGCUUGACUCUUUUACGUCAGCCAUCACUCAUUCACCGAUGACAGUGCUAUGUAAGCCCGAUCACCCUUUCACAGCAGCUGAGUAUAUUUCCAAAGGAUGUGUCAUGAUGUGGACUGAGAGCCAGCGACUGAAUGCCAGUCCUAAAUUGGAGAAAAACUGACUCCAGUUCUCAGCGACAGCCUCCUCCACUGCAUCUGUUAUAUAUAUUCAGAUAUUACACGUAUCUCCCGUUGGAUUCAGAUCCUCCAUUUCAAUCUAAAAACCACUGAAACUGUUAAAGCUUAAAAGGUCAUCCAGCGUCUCAUCUUUGUGAAACCCCCUUUAAUGAGACGAGACGACAAAGGUUCAGAUCUGUGAUGGAUCCAAACCUUUUAAAGUACUUGUUGUCUCAUAGGAACUCUUUAAUAAGCUUGAUCCUGGUUAUAUUUUGCCCUGAAAUCCUUAUUAGUUUGUUAUCAUGUAAAUAAAUGCAUGUCAGUCAGAGUAUUAUUAGCGUCUGCAGUCACAAUGGGUUUAUGUAAAUCUCUGUUUCCAAUUACAUCCAUGAGUAAUCUUCAUACAACACAGACAGACAGCUGCUUUAAUUUAUUCUUACUUUAAAAAGCUCGUUUAUGUGAAGUCAUGAGGGGUAAUCAAUAAGAAAUAGAAAAAGUAAUAAACAGAAGCUAUUUGUUGCCAUUUUUAUUUGGAUUCCUACAAAUUGAUCGGACUUUGUUGAUGAGAAAAUUGGAGCUGCUUCUUCAGAUAAUUCUCCAUGAACUUUGUGUUUUCAGGUGCUCGUCUUAUCAAGAUAAUACAGCUCAGAGUUUGAAAACAGCCCACAGUGUGUAAGAUCUAUUUUCUUCCUCCGUCUCUUUCAGAUACAUCACCCAACAAGGUCACAAAUUAGAGGUCGGCGCUCCUCGACCUCCUGCCACAGUCACCAACGCCGUGUCCUGGCGCUCAGAGGGCAUCAAAUACAGGAAGAACGAAGUCUUCAUGGACGUGAUCGAGUCAGUGAAUCUGCUGGUGAGGACAGUUUUGAGUUAAUUCAAACACAGCUCGUCUCUUGGCUGCAGGUUGUAAUAAGGCGCUCGUGUUUUUGUGAGGCCAGCUGCCAGCAGGACUUUGUUUGGCUUUUGAUAAGAUUGAUUAUAGCCAGGUUGGACUUCCGACCAGAAAUCGUAAACAGACUUUGGAAAAUCAUCUGAUGACGCCAAAAAAGAUGAACAGAGGUGGUGAGAAUUUGCCCAUCGAGUCUCUCAGCUGAGUAUGUACCUCUUACCUUUAAUACUCCAGAGAAAUCAAAUCUAUAAUCCUUUUUCUUAAACCUGCAUUAUCAUAUCUAUCUUUGAUUGAUUUUCUCUAACAGUCAUUGUGCUUCCCUGAGACUCAGCCGGUGCGUCAGUGAUAUGAUUGUCUGUCAAAUCUCUGUUAUGUUUUGACUCCUCCUAACUGCUUUCCUCUUUCCUUGUAUUGAAUCUCGAAGGAAACAAAGUCAAACAUCGACCGUCCUCCAUUCAGCUUCACUCUAGUAUGAUGUUCUGCUUCAUUGUUUGCAGCUGCGAGUUUAUAAAAACAUGCAGCAGGUCAAAUCGAGGUUUUCUUGAUUAAACUUUGUGACAUUUAUACAACAGCUUUGAUACAAGCCGUUAAAAUAAACCCGUCUGCUCUGGCGUAUAAUUACUCAAUGAAAUCAAACUGUAGUGAUUAAUGAGUUGUAGUUGUUUAAUCUGCUGCCCAACCUUGUAUAAACAUCUUAUGCUGAACAAAAACCUCAGUUACAGAGUUUAUUUGGUUUAAUUUGUUUACAUGGUUAUUGGUUUUAGCUACGGAGGCACACUAGGUCCAAGAUUUCCCGCAGCUGGAGAGAGAAAGAUGAUUUGAACACAUGUGCAACAAAACUGAAAGAAAGAGAGAAAAACUUUCUCUGCAGCAUCUUAAGAACAUCUCCACAUGCAUGUACUGGUUCAUGUGCAUCAAAAUGAAACCAAUGAGGAUCAAAUAUCUAUGAAAGCUGCAGCUGUAACUUCCUCUUCUGUUACAGCGAUCUCAUAUAUGCAUUCAGAUGUUGUUCACACGUUUCUUAACCCACCCUUCACUUUCUCUAAACUGUACACACAAACUCCUGUUUUCAAACUACGUUCACAAAAACUCUGAUACUUCUGACAAAAAUCAAACCAUCACAUCAAAACAGCUUUUCUUUGUGCUCGGAAUCAAACCCUGUUUUUCACAUCACACACUCGGCAGACAAAAGCGAAGCACCACAGAGUGGGCAUUACAAACACAGCCGGAGUUUGAGACCGCUCCAGAAAAAGUUUAUUGAAGACGACAGGAAGUAAACAAUACAUAAAUUAUGGAUUUACUGAAAAUACAAUUACAGUUUUCUAAAAAAAAAUACUCAAAGAGCAAAAACUCUUGGGUGAGGCCAAAAGUCCAAACAGAAGAAGACUCCUUCACACUGUCAGAACAAGAUUCACUGUAUUUCUUCACAGCGUUGCAGCGCUCAGAUCUUCAUCAGGCUGAGUCAUCAUCAGAAUCUGUUGGUUUUCUGCUGAUAGUAACACAGCAGCUGACUCUGCAUCUACUAGUUUCAGGUUGCACACGCAGCGCUCUGCAAAGAUGGUAAAAGCAGAGACAGUUUCUUCCUCCUCCUUAUAUGUCACCUCUCACAUCCUCCUCUGCCUCUCUGAUCGUCUCCAUCCAUCUUUAAACCUCACCUGUGCACUCUGCACAACCUCAUAUUGGGUUUAUGAACUUCUGAAACUGUUAUGCAUAAGGAGUGCUUCACUGUGCAAAGUGUGGUUUAACGCUCGAUCUACAAAAAUUCAGCAACUACUAAAACAACCUGAAGCAGUAAUUUUGACAAGUCAGUCUUUAUUUGCACAUAAUUUGGAUAAUCAACAAUAAAAAUGAAUAAUAAAUUGAUGGAAUAGAUAAAAAAACACAUCAGUAUACAAAAUAAAAAUCAUAAUGAAUGAGAUUUGUAAGAACAUUCCUCAAAAUACAAAGACACAUCAUUCCCUGAACUUGCUCAUCCAUCGGAUUCUUCCUCAUCAAGGCUCUGAUUCAAGGCUAAAGCCUCCAUACUUGUCAUUCUUCUUCUAGUUGUCAUUUUUGGGUCUCAAGUUUUGAGUAAAGUUAUAGAAAGAUUUUAGUUUCACAGAGCUCAAAGUACAAAACAAACAGAGCAGGAGAAAUAAUGAAAGAUAACACCCUCUGUAAAAAGCAUGCAGUCAAUUUGAUUGCUCUGGUAGUUCGAGGCAGUAAUACUCAGAUCUCUUUUGUGUUUUGAAAUUUUAAUGAUAAAACAAUGUUAGAAUAAGAUAUACACACAUUUAGGAAAAGUUGGGGUGCGACUGACGUAUAGGUUUUAUUUUGAAAAGUUAUGACAUUGUAAAUUUUGAAAGCAGUCAGUGAGAGACGUUGUGUACAGAGUAAAUUAAAUCUGAAAAGUGUGCCAAACAAAGUAAAAGUGUUUUUUUCCAAAGAAGUGACCCUUUGGAGCUUCCGUCUCUCAUCUGCAUACUUCCGUUAGUGUUACAGGAACCAAACAGCACAAUUUUAAUUGCAAGUUAGACGGAUGAAACUUUUCCAUCAAGCGUUUGCAGACAUGAAUGGAAACUUCUUCCACUUUGAUUUAUUCCUUUGCUCCUCUGUUUGUAGGUGAGCGCGAACGGCAGCGUCCUGCGGAGUGAAAUAGUCGGCACCAUCAAGCUCAAAGUGGUCCUCUCCGGGAUGCCCGAGCUCAGACUGGGCCUCAACGACAAAGUGCUGUUUGAAAUCACAGGCAGUGAGUAACAAUCAGACAGUCUCUGUCUACGCUUUGACUUUGUUUCAGACCCAUACUAGUGUUUAAAGAGCUGAAAACAGAGAGUAGAAACACGGCACAGGAGCACUAAAGUAAUCACAGUUUCACAGCGAAUAACCCACAAAGAGACGUUUGUUCAAGUGCGUCCAGAAACAAGAGGAAUAUCUCGUAUCACUCGGUCUGGGCUGAUUGAGCGCCAUUAUGAUUUAAUCUGUUGUAAAACUUACUUGACACAUAAAUUUGUUCAUAAAACUUCUCUCUAUAGUAUAGAACAUAAAACUUGAUUAGAUUUAAACUGAAAACUUUCUCUCUCCUGUUUUAGUAUUUGGAGAAAGGCUUUAUAAGCGUCAUUAAACGCUACCUCAAGCUUUACUUGUACCAGGAUAUCAGCUUGUGCAUACUCUAUGAAGCUGUGGAGCUGCAGAUCAUCAUCAGCACUGAAGUCAUUGAUGUGCUCCAGAAUAUUGAUUUUGUCCACCAUAGAGUGCAGAAAGAAAGAGGGACAGAGGUGCGAUUCUGUUCAGUUCAAUACAGUAUGAAGGUUUUCUAUUAAAGAGGAAUAGAGCCAUAAGAAAAGAAAAAAAAUUACAGGAGGGAGAUGAUUUAAUUUUAUGUUUCGAGAUAAAAGUCAAAAUUUUAAAAAGUCUUGUAUUGGAGUGCUGAUAUCAGAGAUUUUAGAUGCAGGGUGAUAUAAUCCAAUAUUUGUUUUUUUCUGAUAUCGGACCACUAUCCAAUAUAAAUAUCGUAUCGGGACACCCCUAAAAACAACACCACAAACAAACAGUUUUUAGAUAUAUCUUCAUAAAGGCGGUGUUUUAUAUUAUACUUGCAGACAUUGAGAUAUUCCAAAGUUUUAAACUACAUUUCUUACUUUAGAUUUUUUGUCAGAUCAUCCGCAUAUUUGUUCGAUUCGUCCAUGCACUCGUCAUUUUAGAAUUAUUGGCCUACAUACAUAAUGGAAAUGAAAAAGGCUGUAGGUUGUAGGUCAUGUGCAGUGGUAUGAUAAUGCAGCAUCACACAGGUCAUAAGUUCAUCUCAUUAUCCGUCUAAGCUCCCUGUUGAACUGACAGGUACAGGCUGUUUUACAUAAAUCACAUGUGAGAGGAAUAUUUGGGAGAUGUCUGGUAUGUUUUGUUGAACUUCAAAUGGAAAUAUUUCCGCCUUGAUGUUGGUGUGAAAAAUUCUCGUAAUAGUCUGAUGGAAUAAUGUGCAAACGGAGGAAAUGUUAGGAAAUAUGCUGCAGGUUGAACUCAGAUUCACACCUCCACCUUCACCUCCUCGCUGUCUGAACCCCUCACUUCCCCAAAUCCCACCCUCAGCUUAGCUUUCAUCCCUCUUCAUCCUCCUCUCCCUCUCCUCCCAGUUUUCCAAUUUUUCUAUUAAUGUCUCCCACUGCUACAUCUCCCCUUGUCUAUUCCUGCUCUCCUCCUCCUCACUCUCAUCUCUCUCUUUUUUACUCCCUUUUUUUUCCGACAUUCCUCCCCCUCCCCACCGCUCCUUACUUGAAGGGAAAAGACCCCAUCACUGUCUCGCCUCUCUGCCUCCGAGUUAAUCCUCACCCCAGGCUACAGGCCUGCAGAUGAAAGGUGAGGGUCCGUGGAUAUCCUGCGUAUGCGGUCCACGGUCCCCCUGCUGUGUGAUGCAGUCUGGGAAAUAACUGAUCUUCCCUGAAACUGAUCAGAAACAGCGAUCAAACAAACACACCCUCACAAACAGAAACCCACACACACACACACACACAAACACACACAAACUGACUCUGAAUGUUUAUUCAGAUAUAAAAAUGGGGUUUGCACGCUAAUCCUCUGCAGUUCUACUCUUUUACAUAUCAUUUUGCAGACAUUUGAGGUUUUACAUGUUCGCCUGAUCUGCACAUUUUAUCACAGCAGGACGCAGCAAACAUGUGGGAAGAUGAUAAAUCAUUUAACACUGCCCUCUGCUGGCAGAAGUCCAUCACUGUCACUAUGAGGAACUGAGAGAGAUGUCAUUCAGGUUACAUCUAUUAUAUUAGAUAACUUUAUUUAUCCUUUUAUGAAGGUUAUUCGAGAAAAUCAACAAUAUCUAUACAUUUCCCAAACUGGAAAUUAGUGCCGAAGGAAAUUUUUGGAAUGAAAACUUUGUGUCCUUCAAUAUUUUGCCAUUUGAAAGAGUUACUAAACACCAGCAAGUCUCCAAGUUUAACUCUGUUUUUCUUUGUAGUGAUUUCUCAGUGAAGCCCAGACUUGAUAUCCAACCAGAAAUGAGAGGACAAGAGCAAAGCUCCAAAGAUUCAGUCUCUUUAUUUCAUGAUCUAUUUCUCAGCAGUCACACACAGGAAGUUGGUGAAAUAUAUUAACUGUUUCACAAGGCUAUGCGAUAAAAUCACGGACACAUGAACAGAGUUUCUAACACUAAUGAAAAUGAUGUAUAAAAAUGAAAGCAUCAGAAACUUAAGGUAAAGAAGACUGUAAUGUACUUCAUUUUCUCUCUUUAAGAGGGUUUUUAUUGAAGUUUUAAAUUUGACUUAUGGUUGUAUAAGAGUCAGCACUUGGUGUCAUGAACAAGAGGAUACAAAAUAAUAACUUAAGGAUAAUUUUACUGAUUAACAAAAGAUUUUUUCAUCCCAUUAAAAAGUAUCAGAUUCUUACUAGCAAAGUAAACUCAACAUUUCAUCUUCGAUUUGUACUCAAUCAGCUUUGUUGCUUCUACCUGGUCAGCAGGACAGGAUCUUUCCUCACUUUUGACUAUAAAUAACUGCUGAAGCUCAGUAGCCUCUCCUUUUUUAUUGUGCAAUGUUUCCUCAGUUAAAAUGAUAUAAAGACUUUGAGUUUCGCCAUAGAUAGAUAGAUAGAGAGAUAGAGAGAUACGGAGAUAGAUAGAUAGACCUUUAUUGUCCCCAGGGAGAAAUUAAUUUUCACAGACACUGCUGUGGACACAUAUACUUAAGGACAACAAGGCACGUUCCAUAAUAGGGGCAACCCUGGACAUCACACAUGCAGAUGAGGCAUGGGAUUAGCAGACUGUUCAGAGCAGCGAUGGCAGAAGGGACAACGCUAUGUUAUGAAGUGUGUGAUUUAGUUGUCUUCAGGGUCACAUUAUUAUCAGGUUUUAACCAAUCAGAAUCAAGUCUUAACAUAGCAUGGUCAUUAAUGAGAAAGCCAGGUAUUAAGAACUGAAUUAAUCUGUUUAUUUUUUCCUUGAUUAAUUACCUCAGUGAAAUAUGUUCCCUCGUGUAACAUAAACCUUGCUAGACAGUUUCCUCAUCAUGCCUUCACCUUUGAGAUGGUCAAACUGAAACUUGUUCAGUGUGUUUGCUUGAGAGUCGUUACAGUGAAGGACCUUCUAGUGGAGGAGGAGACUGCCAUCUUCGUUGUUUACAAAUACGCCUGUGUCACUGUCGUUGAAAUUGUGUUAAUACAUCUGCCACCAAUGUAGAAACAUUUAGCAUGUGGCUCCACAUGCCAAUGAAAAUGAAUAUGAUGAUUGACUGAUGGGUUUGACAACGACAGGCUGGUGCAAGUUAACAUUAAAUUUAAAGCCGGAUAAAUUAAGUAAUCCAGUAAAAAUUCCUGCUCAGCUGAGAAGAAAUGAAAUGCUUCUCCCCUCGGUCACCUGUGCCAUGAUAUCUCAGCUCUCUGACAUGCUUUGAACAGGAUCAUCUACAAACGUAAUUACGGCGCCGCUGUCGCUCUUUUUUUGAUAGUGUGACAGCGGGCUGAAAACAGAUUAGGCUCCUCCUGUCUGCGGCUCUGUAUCAAAGCACAGGAACAGGUGAGAGCAGCCUUUAAAGGGGAACCACAGGGGACACUGCUACAUCUUCAAUCCCCAUCUGAUGUACACACACACACACACACACACAUACACACAUACACACAUACACACACACCAACACACACACAGACACGCACGCAUACACCUGUCUGUCCUGGCAGCCCUGAGCAAUGACAAAGUGUCCCGUGUGACCUUUCCUUCUUGUCUUCUUGAUAAGGCUACAUGCAAGGGUGUGUGUGAGUGUGUGUAUAUGUAUGUAUGUGUGUGUGUGUGUGUGUGUGUUACAGACAACAAUUGACAAUGAGAGAGUGGGAGAGACAGAAAAAGUUGCACAGGGCUUCCCCCUACUUUACUUGUUUUCUCCCAAGAUUUCGGCCGCUACUCACAACAAACAAGGAAAUGUCAGACACACACGUGAACACACACACAUGUACACACACACACACACACAUGCAUGUACCCACACCCACACAUGAAACAAAAUCAAUAGCAAAACAAGUAGUAGUGAGCGAACAUGCAUAAACCUGUGCACGUACACACUCAAGACUGAGAACAAUGAACAAGGAAGCAGCAUACACACAUAAACUCGUACACACACACACCUCUCUGACAGUGAAGGUCCAGGGUUGCAUUCAGACGAGCUGAUGCAGUUAUAAGCCGGCGGCUGAAUGGAGGAGUUAGUUGAAGGUCCACAGGCCCACAGUCAUUACGGCUGUUUAACACCGCUCAGCACCUCCAUUAAGCUCAGAGGAGGAGACUGUGGACACCUCCAUUAGAAAGGUCACGCUCUUUAACUGCAGAUUACACCGCACUGUGGCUCUUUAGCUCCACCCUCAAGGAGAAUCGUCAACAACAGUCAAAUUUUUGUCCGUGAGGAAGCACAUUCGACCAAAUUAAAACACAGAUCACAGUCAUCAGAAGUCUCCUUGGUGCCUAAAAGGAGCUGUAAAAGUUAAAUGUUGAUUUAAUGGUGAUUAUAAGACUUCUGUCACUGCUGGUCUGUCAGAGGAGAGGACGCUGCAAAAACUUUUGUCUCAUUAUUCAUCAAAAUGGGAUCAGGAUGCCAUCGGAUAAUUAGUUUUUUAUUUGUGAUCAGAAACCAUGCAGGAUUACUGAGAGACAGGAUAACUGAUUCACCAUCUGAAU